AUGACUGAAGCCAAACAAGAUUUAAUUGAAUUAUCAUCAAAUCCUUUUGAUGUAUGGAUAAAUACACAUUAUGAUGAAUUGUGUGCAGGUAUGACGUGUGAAAAUGCUUUAUUCUGCAAACCAUCAGACAUGAAAGACAAAAACUUUCAAAUGAGUAUUAAGGAUAAAUGUGAUAGGAAACAUAGAAGAAUAGACGGUAAACAAACAUGGUAUUAUGUUUUGAAAGAAGAAAUGAAAGGAUUAUAUAAACAGGUUGAACCAAACGAUAAUGAGGAAUCAUUUACUGAUGAUGAAAUACCUGUAAAUGAGCCGCUAAGCGGCGAGACCUGA